AUGGACUCCCAUUCCGUAUUCCCAUUUUCUCGUCUUCCGGCUGAGCUCAGACUCAAGAUCUACAAGUACGCCUGGACCGUUCCGGAGGAAAAAUACAUAUACCGGUCCAAAACCUUCGGCAACAUGAAUGACGGUGACAGCCCCUGCGACGAGUACGACAUCGACAGCGAUUACGACGAGUACGACAGUGACGGCUACUACGCCGGCGAGCGUGACAACGACAACGCGUUGAGGCUCUCAGUUGCCUAUGUAAGAGCUCAGCUUUCGGCAAUCAGCAAGCUGGGCGCCAUCAGCCAGCGCAUCCGCGCAGUAGUUUAUCCUGAGUACUUCGCGCGCUGUACAUUCUCGGGGGUUCGUACCUGCUCCAGACCCAAGCGCGACACGUCUACCUGCACUGGCCCGCUCGUGCUAAACGCCGUACUUCUCAUCCAACCCGCGUACUCGCGGACCAGGAAGAGCUGCUCAACGAGCAAUGGGCUGUUGACUGUGUCUCGCUUCAAAAACCUGAGAAGCCUGGAUGUUCACGUGGAUGAUGCUACCGACAUUGGUCCCUUGACAGACAUCCACUGGAAUUACUACGUCAACCAGCUUGAUCAUGCCAAUGUCGACAGUCCGGCUUAUGAUAGCAAGGAGGCAAUCAGGCGUAUGUUCUAUGGCGAGGAGCGCCGCGCAAAGCUGAUGGAGGGGCUGUUGAGACGCAUCGUCGGAAGUUGGAGAAGGUGGUCGUGCGGACGGAUGUUAGCAGCGCUGGAGUUGUUAAGCUGA